AUGUCGUCUAUCGCAUCGCAGCUGAAGGCCAUCAAGUCGGCGCUCGGCGCCGCGCCGGAGCCGGCCCGGCGGCCCGUCACCCGGCCGUCUGUGCUCUUCGACGCAAAGGAGGCCGCCGACAUCGACCUCCGUGCCAUCCUGCCCAUCGCCCUCUCUGGGUUGGAGCACCUUACCAGCAUAGACGAGAGGUUUGCAAGAUACAGCAACACUCUGUUCAGGGAGACUAGCCUUGAGGUGAACCGCGAACAGCUGACUCCCAAGGAGAACGACAAACUCAACAAGUCCAUCUCCACCUACCUUCGCCUUCUAGCUGGCUAUUUGCAUCUUCCCUCUGCCCUCAAGACCCUCGAAUACCUUAUCCGCCGAUACCUGGUGCAUGUAUACAAUUCGGAUGAGUUGCUGCUGAGCGCACUGCCAUACCAUGAUACACAUGCGUUUGUCCGGAUCGUGCAGUUGGUCAACGUAGGGAAUAGUAAGUGGACAUUUCUUGGUGGUGUCAAGUCCUCAGGUGCGCCACCACCCAGGAGUGUUCUAGUGCAGCAGUGCAUCCGUGAUAAGGCUGUGCUGGAGACCAUCUGCAGCUAUGUUACACCAACAAAGGAAUUCAGUCACUCAAGGACGGUUGUCUGCUUUUGCACUGCUGUGAUUGUUGAGUGCUUGGGUGCUGUCCCUAAGCUUGACACAGAUGUAGUGCAGAGGGUGUUGGGAUUUGUGUUUGACUCUCUUAAUCCUGCAGUGACGCGAGACCAGGAAUACAAGGCUGGCGCUCUUAUGAUUGUUGGAGUACUUGGAACCCGGGCGACUCUAGCGCCUAAACUUGUCCAAAAUUUGAUUUUCUUUGUUGCAAGGACUGCACAACAUGAUGCAUCUGAGUCAGUUGAUUUGCCAUGGCUUCGUGUCUCGGUGAUGGCUCUUAUAAGUCUUGUUCAGUCCCAAUCUGUCCAUGAUUUCCCUAAGAAGCCAUUGAUGAUUUUGAAAGACAUCAGGGAUUUUUCUGGUAUACUUUCUGUAUUAUCCAGUGAAUACAACAUCGAGAGAUUCAUUAGGCUUUAUGUUGAAUCAUUAAUUGACUACAGUAUUCCCGAUGGUUCCUGCCACACACACCUGAUUGAAACUAUUGAGACUCUGCCGGUGAAGAAUUUCAUUGAAAGUAUUGUGUGCAAGGUUCUUAGAAACUGUAUCAAGCUAUCUCAGGCCACAGGAAACCCAGAUAUCAAUCACACAGAAUUAUGGGCUAAGAAAAAUUUUAGCGCACUUGAAAGAAAAUAUCCCCUGGAGCUACGUGAUGCUAUUCGUAAAUUUCUUGAGAACUCUGAAACUAAUUCAUCAGGAGGGGAUUCUAUUUCUGAGGUUUUCGGCAUAGUGUUUGAUGAAAGCAAGAACUUGCCAACUGAAAUAUCCGACUCGAACAUUUGGUUCAGUCUGGAUCAUCCAAAGGCUGCGGUUCGUCAAUCUGCUCUCUCAAAAGUUGCUACAUCUGGCAUCUUCAAUAACAGUACUCUAAAUCCACAGAAGUUUAUCAAUAUGCAAGAUGCUAUAUUAUGCAGUCUGUAUGACGAUGAUCUAAGUGUUGUCCAAGCUGCUUUAUCCAUAGAGGGACUAGCUGUUGUUGCCAAUCCUGAUAGCCUGUUAAAAGCAUAUGAUGGCGUGCUCACCAAAUGCAUCAAAAUCAUUAACAAAGGUGGUUCAAAAGCAUCAAAAGCUUCUGAUGUUGCUGUUUCUUGCUUGGAAAAGCUGGUAACGGAAUACCAAUCGCAUCAUAUGGAACAUGCCAAGGAUAUAGCUACAUUAGUGUUUCAUCUCCUUAUUGUUCACCCAAAGACCCUUAGGGUGAACUUAAAGGCCUUGGAGCUAGCUAAGAAAAUACAAUGGGAGUUCUACACAAGUAGUUCUCUUGUAUAUGAUGGGGUCAAUUUUGAUAAAAUGAAGAACAUGAGUGCAGACUCCAUUGCUUCUAUUAACAUGAAGAACAUCAAAGCUUUUGCUGAGACUUUCCUAGCUGACCCAAAUAAGCAUGUGGAGUGGUUGGCUAACUCUGGAAGUGGAAGUAGAUUUUCUAAAACUUUGUUUCUACUCAUAGUAUUGCAAUCACUUGUUUCCACAGAAGUUUUGGACGAGCAGGUGAAUCUUUGCCAUGCUUGUUUGCCAGUCCUGAAGGAUGAAUGGCAUAACAUACAGCCCGAAGAUAGUGGUGUUGGUGAUGAGAUCAGCAUUGACAACCUUGAGAUGUGCAGUUUAGAAUUGGUGAAGCAUUUUUUCAACAGAGACACAGAGGCAUUGAAUGUUAGAAUCCUUGUCUGUAUAUUUUGGGGUAUCCUAAAGGUGCAGUCCUCCUGUUUUAAGCAGAAUCCCGUGGUUGGCGGUGGUGAAAACACAAUGCUGGAUGAUUUGUUUCUCUUCUUCCUUGUAUCACCUGCCAAAAAUAUCUUCCAGAAUCACCUACAGUAUCUUGUUGUUAAUUGCAUUGGAGCACCUUUUCAAUUUAUUUCGAAGUACUUUCUGGAUGAAGAUUUAUCAGAAAGAGUUCAAGUGGAGAGUCUUCUUGUGCUUGCAUCUAUUUGUUCCAAGUGCGCUUCCUCUGAAAGUAAUAGCUUGGAUGAAAGCAUCUGUAUGCAGCUUCUACUAGGCUUUCCUUCCAUUAUUCCCCCACUCGCUCAUGAUAACAAGGAUAUAAGGUCAUCUGCGAUUAAGUGUAUUGAGGGGUUAUCUUUGGUGUGGCAGCGCUUGAGCACUUCAGUACCAAGAAAUGGAAACAACAUCAAAUUACCUCAAUACUUGUCGUCACCAACUUUUGGUAGUUUCCUUGACUUGUUGGUUAACCAAAAGACCAUGAUCUCCUCGGACGCAAAAUUUCUUCCUGCGUAUAUUUCAUCUAUGCUGAGCCCAUGUAAUGAUAUACUGGUUCCCGAGAAUCUCCAUGAAAGAUUCGACCAGCAUACAAAGGAUACUAUUCUUACUUUCAUCUUGCGCUCUGCUUUGAAGCUCCCUCCUUAUGGAAAGUUUAUGGUUCUGUCAGUCCUGAAAGGAGUAGGAAGCAUCUUAUUUCAUGCAGAAGAUGUGAAGUCUCUGUUCUUUGAUCUUCUGGACCGUCGUGAUCAGUAUCAGAAUCGACAUAAUUGCAAUCAGAUCCUAUCCACCCAUGAAAUGCAUACCUUAUGCUUGCUUUUGGAGGUUUUGAUCUCAAUGCCAGAUCAUGCAAAUAUUGGUUUUAACAUGUUCAAACCUCUGAUGAAAGCUUUAAAGGUUGAUGCUCCGUCUCCAGGUGAUCCUGUUGUUGUGAUGCCAUGUCUUACUGUCCUGCAGAAUCUUCAACCAGGGUUCUUUGAUAAUUUAAAGACCGAUACUAAGGAAAAAGUUGUUGGACGCCUUAUUUCCUUGGUUCGAACUGAGAGUUUCAAAGUUCGAAAUGCCGCACGGGAUGCUUUACUGCGUAUUAAUGUUCAUUCUUCCACUUUGGUCAAGUUUAUUGAAUUAAUUUUAGCACUUGAUGGCGCAAGAAGACAUUCAAAAAAGAUAAAGAGAAAUGAAGAUCAGAAUCUUGACGUGUUUUGCAGUUUUGAGGAGAUAUUUGGAGAAAACUCUGUAGCUUCUAUUCUUGUUUCUCUUCUAGAUAUCUUGUUUCUUAAGAAAGAUGUGAAGCAAAGGUCGUGUUUAUUGCAACCUCUUUUCCAGAUUCUAUCGAAGCUCCUUUCUGAUCAAUGGGUCUCAGUAAUUGUUAGUCAGUAUAACAACCAACAAGAUACCUCAUCUGAAAUCCCUGAUUUAUCCAGUUUUGUAAAAGAAGUUCAACACUUGACACUGCUGUCCCUCAAAGAUAUUACAGAUACACUACAAUCGGGUCACCAUGAUGCAAUGUUCAGCAGCUCCAAUGUAGGUCUUCUUAUUGAUUGUGUACGGUCCAUCAGCGAUGUAGGAACUCGGAAUCAUGGCUUUUCCUUGAUAGCUUCUUUGGGAAAGGCUUGCCCACAACUGGUGUCAGAAAAUAUUGUUGAUUUGUUUGUCGCUAUUGGGGAUGCUAUUAAACAGGAUGACAGCCACUCACAACGUGUUUUGGAGGAUUUAUUAUCUGUCUUAGUCCCAUGUUGGUUGUCAAGGACCACAAGUAUAGAAAAGCUUCUUCAGAUAUUCAUUAAAGCUUUAGCAGAUGUGCCUGAACAUAGGCGAUUGACGCUCAUGGUUUACCUCUUAAGGACCUUGGGGAAGGAAAAUAGUUUGAGUACUGUGAUCAUGCAUCUAUUACACUCGUUGGUUGAGCGGAUUUUGCACUCUUUUUCUGAACAUCAUGGGAGCGAUUAUAGAUUGGCUAUGUCACAGGAGUGGGAGUAUGGAUUGGCAGUAAAUGUGACCGACCAAUUUUCCUAUAAAUUAUGGUUUCCUUGUUUGAGUAAGCUACUAAAAGACAUCAGGGUCCAUGAGAAGCAAGAUCUACAUCUUAUGCUACAUUUGGCAAUGAGGCUUAUUCUAUUUAAGUUACAAGAUACAGAAUUGAUUUUUGAACUUGAAUCUGAGGAAGCUGCUAAUUUUAUCCAGGGUUCUCUUGGGGCACUUAUGGAGGAAGUUGUCUUGUGUGGUGUGUAUGCCAGAGAUAAAACAAGAGAUGUUUCUAGUGACAUUACUAAAGAAGUCAGAGAUUUUGCAAAUACAAUACUCAAAACUGUUACAGGAUGGAUGAGUGCUUCAACAUAUUUGACAGGAAUUACUCGGCUGUUGGAUCAUUCAGAUAGUCAUGUGAAAAGAAAGACACUUGGGAUGUUGUCUGAAACGGCCAGAGGAAACAGUUUGGUCCAGAAAAAUCAAAGGAAAGCACGAAAACUGAAACAUAUAUCUGGUACUACUGCUAUCAAAGUAGACAAGAGCUCUGGUCCUUAUUUCAGCAAAUUGUGCUUAAAGAUUCUGGAGUUGAUUGACAGAGAUGGUGAUUCGGACACUAAAGUGAAAAUUGCUGCUAUUUCUUCGCUUGAAACACUAGCCAAAGAAUAUCCCUCUGAUAAUCCUGUUUAUAGCAACUGCCUUGCAACAAUCAUUGAUCAAAUUGGCUCUGAUGAGGCAGCUGUGUCUUCUGCUUUAAUUCAUACUGUGGGCUCUCUGAUAAAUGUGAUUGGAUCAAAAGCAUUACCACAACUCCCAUUAAUCAUGAAAAAUAUAAUGCUAAUAUCACAUCAAAUUUCAUGUUGCCCUAGUGGAAAUUAUGCUCAUGGUUCCACUAGAACUGCCGCUGAACUUUCAAACCAAGACAUAGCUGUGCUGCUGUCAGCACUGACAACAAUUGAGGUGAUUGUGGAAAAGCUAGGUGAAUUUGUUAAUCCAUAUCUGAAGGAAAUACUUGAUCUGGUAGUACUGCAUCCUGAAUGUAGCACUCAAAUGCAUCCCAAAUUAGAUGCAAAAGCAGCACGUGUUCGAGAGUUACUGACUGUAAAAGUUCCAGUCCGACUUAUCCUCUCACCUUUACUUAAUCUGUACUCCCUUGCUGCAAAUUGUGGAGAUGCAAGUCUUUCGUUGGCAUUCAAUAUGCUUGCUAGUCUAGUUGGUACAAUGGACCGGCUGGCUGUAGGAACUUACCAUUCGAAAAUAUAUGAACAUUGUUUAGCAGCUCUUGAUCUCCGUCGCGAACACCCUGACUCUUUGAAGAAUAUAAAUAUGGUGGAGCAAAGUAUUAUUCAUGCCAUAAUCUCUCUCACCAUGAAGCUUACAGAGGGCACUUUUAGGCCACUUUUUGUUCGCACUUUGGAAUGGGCUGAGUCUGAAGUUGAUGAGUCCUCAUUAAAGAAAAGUUUGGACCGUGCAAUUGUUUUCUACAAAUUGGUUAACAAACUUGCUGAAAAACACAGGUCCCUGUUCACACCUUACUUCAAGUAUCUACUUGAGGGAUCUAUACAGUAUCUCUCUGAAGAUGAUUCUUUGGCUGGUUCAAAGCAAAAGAAGAAGAAGAAGAAGACCAAACUUGAAGAUGUUCAAGUUGAACAGAAAGAUAAAUUAUUGGGGUUAAAACUGUGGAAUUUAAGAGCUCUAGUUUUGAAAUCCUUACACAAAUGUUUCCUCUAUGAUAAUGACCAGAAGAUCCUUGAUUCCUCUAAUUUCCAGGUUCUUUUGAAACCUAUUGUCUCCCAGUUUGUUGUGGAACCACCAGAAUCUAUUGAAUCAAUUCUUGAUGCUCCAUCAAUUGAAGAAGUAGAUGAAACUAUAAUUUUGUGCUUGGGCCAAAUGGCAGUCACUGCACGGUCAGAUGUUCUUUGGAAGCCUCUUAACCAUGAGGUGCUGAUGCAGACUAGGAGUGAUAAAGUUCGCCCCAAAAUGCUGGGCCUGAAGGUUAUCAGGUACAUGGUCCAACAUCUGAAGGAGGAGUACGUCGUUCUCGUACCAGAGACCAUCCCGUUCCUGGGUGAAUUGCUCGAGGAUGUGGAGCUUCCUGUCAAGACACUGUCGCAGGAGAUCUUGAAAGAGAUGGAAACCCUCAGCGGCGAAAGCCUCCGGCAGUACCUGUGA